AUGACAAUAGUGAAGAAAAAUGACAUCAGUGAUGGUGAAGUAUGGCGAUGUAAACUUUGCUACUCAAGGAAAUCCAUCAGGAGUGGUACAAUAUUCUCUAGAAGCCGAUUGCGACCGACCGUGUUAAUGCAGAUAGUGUAUUUUUUUGCCGUGGAUUUUCAAAUAUAUGAAAGCGCGAAGCUGUUGCCAGAGGUAGACCACAAAACAUACGUUGACUGGUACUCAUUUUUUCGGGAUGUAUGCUCCAGUGCCUUGCUGAGAAAUCCAAUAAAACUAGGAUCGGAUAUCAACUCCAACAUAAUUGAGAUUGAUGAAAGUCUUUUCGGAAAGAAGAGAAAGUAUCACCGAGGGACAGGGAAUCAAAAAUAUUGGGUAUUUGGAAUGGUGGAAAGAAACACAAGAAAUUCGGUGCUGCAAUUGGAACGAAAGGACAGAAAUACAAUAAUUCCUAUCAUAGAGAAAUAUGUAGAAAUUGGAUCCACCAUUUAUUCUGAUAUGUGGGCAGCAUACAACGGUCUAGAAAACGAUGGGUUUGCACACAAAGCUGUAAAUCAUUCGGUGGAAUUCAGAAGUGAUGACGGUUGCUGCAUGAACACCAUUGAGGGUUUGUGGGGGGGACUGGUGGAGUUGAGGGUCAAGAAAAUGAAGGGUGUAAUACCGUCUCGUUUAAUGUAUGUGUUAAACGAAUUCAUGUACCGGUAUCGGUUUGGGCAUGAAAACGGUGACAUAUUUAGUCGUUUUUUGAUAGACUUAUCGGAGUUCCACCCCGUUGACAUUAUCGAGUAA